AUGAAAACUUCCGGAAAAUCGUACCUCAUCAAGCCGGAUCAACUUGCUCGUCGAUGGAGAACCAGUUUUGAAUGUGCUCGUCGCACCCUGGAGAAGACAACUCAACGUGCCGUUCGUGAUUGGUCACUUGUUCAAGGGUCUCGUCGUUUUCGCCCUGUACAAUAUCAGUUGGAGUAUCCAAGAUUGAAAACAAAUGUCUAUGUUGAUGUUAAGUUUGGACCCUGCAAGUCAGCUGAAGGGAACACUUGCGUCGUGAUCUAUGCUACACCAGUACAGUGGGCUCGUGCUUAUCCGUUGAACAAAGAAUCUGUUGUUCACACAAGCCUCACACAACUAUUUCGUCAGUUCGGUUUUCCCCAAUGUCUCAUACCUGACGAUGCCAAGUCACUCACUCAAGGGAAAUUCCGAGAAGUUGCUAACAAAGGACAAGUGCCAAUUCAUCCUAUUGAGCCUCAUCAUCCUAAUCAAGCACUGACAGAAGACACAAUUCGGGAAGGAAGUCGACUUUACCGUCGAUUCAUGCAUGCAAGGAAUAUCCCUAUUGCGUUCUGGGAGCGAGUUUUUAUGUAUGCUUUUGAGAUUCGCAGUCACAUGGCACUGGGACUUGCAAUACAAGAAGGAGAAUGUGGAGCCACAAUCGAUUCUGGCAACACUAAAGAUAUCUCUCACCUGGUUGAUUUUGCUAUUUGGGAUUGGUGUUGGUGCCUCUCACCUAAUCGCUCAUCUAAGGAUGGGAAACAACUAUGUCGUUGGCUUGGUCCAAGUUUUCCUAUUGGAGCAGCUCUUUGUUUUGCUGUUGCUAUUGCCAAUGGACAAGUACUACAACGAUCGUCAGUGAUUCCUUUAUCAGCUGAAGAACAAAACAGUGAACCCAUGGAAGAGAAGAAGAAAGAAUUUAUGGAAGCUCUGAAGAAGAAUCUGAAGAAGAAGUCUGAUGGAGUUUCUAUCUCUGAAGAAGACCUUGAUCGCAUUUGGCAUAAAUACAACAUGCCGAUCUCUGCAAUCGAAGAUGGUGGUUACCCGCAGUAUGCACAAUAUGAAGAUCACCCACAAGAAGAUCCUCGCCACAAGAUUGCAGAUGAUUUUGAAGAGCUGCCAGAUCAAGAAUCAGAUCCUGUUGAGUUUGACAAAUAUGUCUCUGCAAAAGUAUCGUUUAAUUCAGAUGGAGUUGAGACUUUCGGAGUUGUUCAAGGUCGGAAGCGUGACUCAUCUGGAAAAUUGAUUGGUCACUACCACAAGAAUCCACACCUUGACACAUCUAUCUAUCAAGUGGAGUUCGAGGAUGGAAAAGUGGAAAACUUCUAUGCAAAUCAGAUUAUUGAAGGGAUAAUGAUGAAUGUCGAUGAUGAAGGUAAUACGAUGUACCGGAUUCGCGAAUUUAUUGAUCAUCAACGUGAUGGACGAGCAGUUAGAGGGGACGAUGGAUGGUAUACUACCUCUAGCGGUCUCAAGCGUCCACGAAAGACAACUAAAGGAUGGAAAUUAUUAGCUGAAAUGAAAGGUGGAGAAACCGAAUGGCUUGAUCUAUCAGUAGCAAAAGAAGCGUUUCCUAUCGAGGUCGCUGAAUAUGCUGUUGCAAACAAGCUUGUGUCAG